AUGGUAGAGAUAGGUCUUCCAGGAUGCCAGGAUGUCUCAGUAGGUUCCUCAGGGCAGACUCUAGUCAAAGUUUGUUUAACAAAUUCAUCUAACUAUAUUCCUCUGCUUUGUGGUUGCUUUUCCUCUCUUCCCCUACACAUAGUACUUCCUAGCAAGAUAGGCCCUUGCAUGAAAUCUAAACUGACUACAGUCCUGCUAGAUGAAUAUGAAGUUUCCAUCUAUGCUGGAGAUAUGAAAAGCCAAGAAAUAUGGCCCAACUACUAUACACAGGCACAUGGGCUUGUUUUUGUCCUGGAUUCCAGCAACCUAAGACACAUGCAGGAAGCAAAGACUACCUUAACAAGUCUGCUGUGUGAUACAAGAGUGGCAGGGAAACCCAUCCUACUGUAAGAUAGCAAACAGACAAACAAGAAGAAUGCCCUCUUACCUUGUGAUAUUAUUAAGUAUCUAUUUCUGGGAGGGAUAGUGAAUGAGAACAAGUCCAUGUGCCAAGUAGAACACUGUUCAGCUAUCAAAAGAAGGAAUGAUCAGCCUAUAAUUGAAGGGUUGUACUGGCUGUUAGCAUCCAUUGACAGUAAACAAAAAGAGCUGUGUACUCGCCAACAGUCACUCCCCUCGAGUAUCCCAACCUCCAAGAACACCACAGGCUUUGAGGAAAGAUAUGGUAAUAGCUACAUUAAAUUAAGGAACUUGAAGUGUGUGUGUUUUCACUUUUGCUUUGUCCUUUCCAUCUUCCCAAGACUCCUUGCCAGUAUAGAAAUGUCUGAAGAAAAAGAACAGCCUCUAGGACAACAUUCAAUGGAAGCUAGGCCCCUAAAGCCAAUCCUACAGGCAAAUGGCUAUUUAAACGUUAUUGCCCCAAGGGCCAGUCUCUAAACUCUUGGGCACCAAGUGACUUUUUCCCCCUUCAUAUUCUUUCAGCACAGAAAGAAGGCUUAAUAUUAAGACCUAAAAAUAAUAUAUUAGUGACAUUUGCUUUAGAUAAACACAUGGAAGAAGAAGAAAAUUCUAGGAAAAAUGGAGCUUGAAACACUACCGAGCUUCACUAUCAGGAUGCUGACUUUCAGCCCUCAGCAACUUAUACUGAUGAUGAUUAGGAUGACAAUGAUGGUCUUUUUGAAGGUAAUGCUGGAACUGGUUAGUCAUAGAAGAAAAAAUAUAUAGACCUUCUCUUAUGAUUUAUAAAACAGUAUUUCUAUUUUGAGUCAGAAACUCUUUUCUCAUACUAUGAUUGAUAGCCAGGAGAAAGAGAAGUGGAUGAAGGCCAGGCAGAGUACUUGGGGCCCCCCACCUGAUAGUCCAGUAUGAUGGCUCAGCACUGGCUGUCACAUGGUCUUUGUUUGCAUGGGUAUAGGGUUAUCUUAAAAGUUAUAAUUUCCAGUGGUGGAUGUACAAAAUAAUACCGCCUUUAUAGAGAGUAGUUUAGCUG